UCCCGCGAUUUCGAGUACCUGAUGAAGAAGCGCUCGUGACCAUCGGCGCACUCGUCCGCAGGGGCUCGUGACGUGAGCAUGGGCCACUCGAGCUUCAUAGCUCUCGGCGCCCACUUGGAGAUUUUCACGCCCCCGGGCGCGGCCAUGGCGGGGGCGGCCCCAGAGCCCUCGGCGCAGCCUGGGCCCGACGCCGGCGGCGACUUCUACCUGCGCUGUCUGGGCAAGAACGGCGUGUUCGUGGACGGCGUGUUCCAGAGGCGCGGGGCGCCGCCGCUGCAGCUGCCGCGCGUGUGCACGUUCCGCUUCCCGAGCACGAACAUCAAGAUAACAUUCACUGCCCUGUCCAGCGACCAGAGGGAGAAGCAGGAGGCGCCCGAGUCCCCGGAGAAGCCCGUGCAGGCCCACAUCUCGCCCCUGACCAUCAACAUUCCAGACACCAUGGCCCACCUCAUCAGCCCCCUGCCCUCCCCCACGGGAACCAUCAGUGCUGCGAACUCUUGCCCAUCCAGCCCCCGGGGAGCAGGGUCUUCAGGGUACAAAGUGGGCCGUGUGAUACCAUCUGACCUCAAUUUAAUAGCCGACAGCUCACAGCCAGAAAAUGAGAAGGAAGCUUCAGGUGGAGACAGCCCAAAGGAUGACUCAAAGCCACCUUAUUCCUAUGCACAGUUAAUCGUACAAGCAAUUACGAUGGCUCCUGAUAAACAGCUCACCCUCAAUGGGAUUUAUACGCACAUCACUAAAAACUAUCCGUACUACAGGACUGCGGACAAGGGCUGGCAGAAUUCAAUUCGCCACAAUCUCUCUCUGAAUCGUUAUUUCAUCAAAGUACCACGUUCCCAGGAAGAACCAGGCAAAGGCUCAUUCUGGAGGAUAGACCCUGCCUCUGAAAGCAGAUUAAUAGAGCAGGCUUUUAGGAAAAGACGGCCUAGGGGCGUGCCUUGCUUUAGAACCCCUGUGGGACCGCUCUCGUCUAGAAGUGCCCCAGCCUCUCCUAAUCACGCCGGAGUGCUAUCCGCUCACUCCAGCGGUGCCCAGACCCCCGAGAGCCUGUCGAGGGAAGGUUCCCCAGCCCCCCUGGAGCCCGAUCCUGGCGCCUCACAGCCCAAACUCGCUGUCAUCCAGGAGGCGCGCUUUGCCCAGAGCGCACCAGGCUCACCUCUGUCCAGUCAGCCCGUUCUGAUCACUGUGCAGCGGCAGCUGCCCCCCACCAUCAAGCCCGUCACUUACACUGUCGCUGCCCCCGUGACCACCUCGACCUCCCAGCAGCCCGUCGUGCAGACGGUUCACGUCGUCCACCAGAUCCCAGCAGUGUCCGUUACCAGCGUGGCUGGGCAGGCCGUGGUCACUCAAGCAGCCGUGCUGGCCCCCCCAAAGGCAGAGCCCCAAGAAAAUGGAGAGCACCGCGAAGUGAAAGUGAAAGUAGAGCCCAUUCCUGCGAUUAGCCAUGCCACUCUAGGCGCCGCCAGCCGGAUCAUUCAGACGUCACAGACCACCCCUGUCCAGACGGUCACCAUUGUGCAACAGGCACCUCUAGGUCAGCACCAGCUGCCAAUAAAAACUGUAACGCAAAACGGGACGCACGUGGUGCCAGUCCCCACCGCUGCCCACGGCCAGGCCAACAGCGCGGCCGCGAGUCCUCUGCACAUGCUGGCGACACACGCGUCGGCCUCGGCCUCCCUGCCCACCAAGCGCCAGAACGGCGAUCCAUCGGAGCAGCCGGAGCUGAAGCGGCUCAAGACCGAGGACAGUGACAGCAUCGUCAUCGCCUUGAGCGUGGACACGGCGCCAACUGCCGGGAGGGAGAAGGGCGUCCAGAACUAGCGCCCGGACAGCUUUUCUUACGUCACUGUCAACUCUGUGGUGCCAAAAGGAGACACUGCGUGUCACCGAUGCUUGGAGCGCACCCUGCGGUUGGACUUCACUCAGCACUGAAAACACAAACCCAGGUGGCCUUACCGCUCCUUCCUGUAGAGACAGGCCUCACCUGACCCGGCCACCGCCGGCUGCUCAGGCAGCGUCUCCCGCCCAGCGCCAUCUUUUCCCCCGCACAGGGGCUGCUGUCGCCCUCAGGACCUGCGGGACUGGCGCCGGUGGACGAGUCGACAUCUGUUGUUCCCACGUGGAGUUAGACUAUUGUGAGGUGAACUUUCUUUCUUUACAGAACAGUGGGGUCUUUGACAUUUCAGAUCACUCCAUUUCUACGCUGAGAACUCGGAAUCACACUGGACCUGUGGUGUGGAAUUCUUUUGGAGAAAAGAAACCGUAGUUUUGUUUGUUUUCAGUGUUUGUUUCGGCCUCUGGAAUGAUUUACUCUUCAGGUGGGGCUGACAGCUGCACAGCUCCCAGGACAGUGGCUGCGUUUCAGCGUGUAGGAUGACAGGCAGACGGAUGCCCAGGCACAUGGAUGGACUGCGGGACUCGGGCCGCACUUCUCUUUCUUGCUCCUUUCUGUUGUUUGUUUCUCUGUGUUGGCUUUGUCCCUGGCAUAACUUCCCACUCUAAGUAAAAGGGUCUCCUCAGUAUGCUGUAUGUUUAAAACGACAGAACUGUCACUACUCAUUUGGCAAACAGAUUCAGUCUUUUAUCACCCUUUCAAAUAAAUGUCACAGAUCUCUCUGUGGCACGUUUGCUAUUCGAGGUGCCGUCCGCCGGCUGUGUGCCCGCUCCUGCGGGGGUGUCUCGGGAACUCUGCGUGACCACGAGGGGCAUGGAAGCAAGCACACAGCGUUGUGCAUGGGACACAUCAAGGUCAUUUUCUGAGCUGUAGGAAAUUCCCCUCGACCUUCCAGAACUGAAUCCACUACUAAGGCUGACUUCUCUCCUACAAAAAAUCAAAUCGAGAGGAAAGGAAACAGGUGAGAGAAUGACAAAUAGGAGGCCACCACGGCCUCGGCCCCACUCCACCGGGAGAAAAGCACUCGCCCUUCCAGAGUGUUCCGGGGGCCGGGCCGAGCAGCCAUGCAGAUAGAAAGAUGGCUUUGGCCUUAUUGUGAAUUUUUAAAUGUCAUCACCAUAACAUUAUUUAUUUAAAUGUAGUUAUUUUGGUAUUUAAAUUUUUUUUUUUUUUUUUUUUUAAGAGAGGAAAAAACCCUGUAUUUUCCUGGUGGAAUGAAAUGGCUCAGAAUGGUAUAUUUAGGCAAUUUUAAAACAUUUAUUAUUUACCUAAAGACCAAAUAUGAUGAAUCUGUUCAAAGUAUUGUGUGUCAAUCCACAGUAUGGAGCUAUCACAAUGUUACUGCAGAUAAUGCAUAUUAAAAAUUAUGAAAUUACUGCACAGUAGCUGGAUUUAUAACUCAGCCAUUUAAAAAAUAAAACGAAACCAUCAUGUGAA